CCUGCUAGUUUCUGUUUGUUCGAAACGAUUCGAAAGUGUGCUAGAAGGCUCGAUCGAUUUUUCGCUUGGGUCACCGUAAAAUAUUCGGCGACGCCAAGCAUCGCGAACGUGAUGUACAAUUACGAAAUGCUGGAGAUUUUCCGAACGCGAGACCUUAUCGUUUCUAACGCCGCGUGGCAUGUUUCAUCGAGGUCGCCGCGUUUCCGAAAAGCCACAAAAAAUGGCCUUGUUAUGGUUCGUGGGGAUUUUCUCAAUCGUAGUUGCACAGCAAGUACAGGCAGAUUUUGAGGUUUCAACUCAAGAUUUAACAGUGCUAUUAAAUAACACCAAGUCAUUUCAGUUGUACCUCACGAAAAACCUAUCUGAAGAUGUAUUGGUAACCCUACAAGUACAACAUGCAGACUUAGUUUCUGCUGCACCCAAUUUCAGUAUUCCUGCAAAUAGUGCAGAAAAGGAAUGGAGUAUAUUUGUAACUGGUCAUCGUGCAGGACAUUCAGUGGUUAGCAUUAAUGUCACACCCAGCAAUGUUACAGAUUUUUCACAAGCAUUUGUCAGAGUGACAAUUGAAAAGUCAGACACACUUUACUAUAUGAGCAGUGUGGUAGGAUGGAUAUACUUUCUAGCAUGGAGUGUGAGUUUCUAUCCACAAAUAUACAGCAAUUACAAACGCAAAAGUGUCGUAGGAUUAAAUUUCGAUUAUUUAUCGUUAAAUCUGGUUGGUUUUAUUAUGUAUGGAUUAUUUAACUCUGGCCUAUUUUGGAUAGAAGAAGUAGAGUUGGAAUAUUUUAGGAGAUAUCCAAAAGGUUUAAACCCCGUACAAGUGAACGAUAUUUUUUUCUCUUUACAUGCAGUAUUUGCAACUGUGAUAACAAUUAUUCAAUGUUUUAUAUAUGAGAUAGGAAAUCAGAGAGUAUCUAACACAGCACGUAUUAUUCAUGGAGUAUUUGCAGUCUUUAUAAUUACUUCUAUGGUAUUAGCAAUAGUGAAAACAGUAACGUGGCUUGACUUUUUGUAUUAUUGUAGUUACGUUAAAUUGUGCAUAACUUUAAUCAAAUACGUUCCACAAGCAUUUUAUAAUUAUAAGAGGAAGUCGACCGUUGGUUGGAGUAUCGGCAAUAUAUUCUUAGAUUUUACCGGUGGUAUAUUGUCAAUGCUACAGAUGGCAUUAAACGCAUACAAUUAUGACGAUGUGGAAAGUAUUUUCGGAGACCCGACGAAAUUUGGUUUGGGAUUCUUUUCGGUCGCGUUUGAUAUAUUUUUCAUUAUACAACAUUACGUUUUGUAUAGGAAUCGUAAAGAAUACGUCGAAGUACCUGGUAAUAAUUACGGAGAGUCGCAAGACAACGCAUCGAGCAGUUACGUUGCUUCAUCUAAUAUUAUUGUUCCCGACUAAUUACAUAU